CCAUCUCAUAGUUAAAAUAGAAAUAGAAGAAAUUAAAAGAAAAUGUAUAAGUUAGUAGUGUUCAGUUGUUUGGUGGCUCUCAGUUUUGGGGCUUCAUUAGAAAAUCGUAUUAUCGGUGGAGAAGAUGCAAAAGAUGGAGAAUAUCCUCACCAGAUCUCAUUGAGAUUCCAAGGCAGACACACGUGCGGAGGCUCAAUUUUGCAUUCAUUGUACAUUUUGACGGCUGCACAUUGCGUUGAAGGAAGGGAUGAUGAUGUCACUAAAUUUACCGUCGUUGCUGGUUCGGUAUCGCUUACGAAAGGAGGUGAAGUACAUCAAGUAGACAAGAUUACUUAUCAUGACAAAUAUAGUCCAGAGACAAUGCACAACGAUAUUGCAGUAAUCAAGCUGAAAACACCAAUUACUUUCGAUAACAACAAAAAAACAAUAGCACUCCCUAAGGAAGAUACCAUCGGAGGAGAAACUGUGCAACUAUCUGGCUGGGGCUUGACUGCGUACCCUGAUGGCGAAAUUCCGGAUAUUUUGAAGAAAAUGAUGGCUAUUACAUACGAAAACAGCAUUUGUGAAAAAUUCCAUGAAAAUGGGCCACUUAAACCAAAAGCUUCAGGUGAUAUUAUCAAACCAGGAAUGUUGUGCGCUUAUCAUAAGCUCAACAUUGGUGCAUGCAGGGGUGAUUCUGGUGGUCCCCUUGUUGCCGAAGAAAAUGGAAAAUUGGUUCAAGUAGGAGUUGUAUCCUGGGCUUGGCAAUAUUGUGCUUUGGGAGUACCAGAUGUAUAUGCAAGAGUAUACUAUUAUUUGGAUUGGAUCCAUCAACAUACUGAUAAUGUUCUAUUGAACAACUCAAAAUAUUUUCAUCACUGUGUCAAGAUGUUGCGUUUGGCAGUUAUCGUUUCUGUAUUGUGCCUUGUCUCAGGGGCUUCUCUGGACGGCCGUAUCAUCGGUGGCGAUGAUGCAAAACUUGGUGAAUUUCCUCACCAGAUUUCCUUAAGAUUCAAUGGAAAACACACUUGUGGUGGUUCUAUCAUUCACGAAUCGUACAUUCUGACUGCAGCUCAUUGCGUAUAUGGCAGAGCAACUCCAUCACUGUUCACCGUUGUAUCAGGCGCACUUUACUUAACUGAAGGUGGAGAACAUCAUGCUGUUGCUUCCAUCAAAUAUCACGAAAAGUACAGCCCAAACACUUUGGACAAUGAUGUGGCAGUUUUGAAGUUGAAACAGCCAUUGACUUUCAAUGCUAACCAGAAACCUGUCGCCUUGGCCUCAAAGGAUACACCUGGAGACCUCAAAUGCAAAUUCUCUGGUUGGGGAUUAGACGCAUAUCCAAGUGAUGUUUUACCAAAUCACUUACAAAAAAUGGAUGUUCUGACCUACAAUAACGCUGACUGCCAAAAGUUCCAUAAUGCUGGACCUAAAUCUAACACAAUCUACCCAGGAAUGUUGUGCGGAUUCAACAAACUCAAUGUUGGUGCUUGCAGGGGUGAUUCUGGUGGCCCAUUGGUAUACGAAAGUGCAAAUGGUUUGGAACAAGUCGGUAUAGUUUCCUGGGUUUAUGAAUACUGUGCUUUGGGUGUACCAGAUGUCUACGUUCGCGUAUAUUACUACUUGGACUGGAUUCACGAAAAUACCGAUCAUGUUUUGCAAUAG